AUGACAAUUAAUGAAGAACCAUUACGAAACCCCACGGUUUCUCCUUUACUCCAGCUAAUUUUUUCCGUGUGCUUCUUUCCAUUCACACAGUCUUUACCCAGGGUGAUACCGCUUAAUGUUGGUGGAUACCACUUUGUAACUACUCUAUCCACAUUGACCAAGGAUAAGGACUCUAUGUUAGCCGCCAUGUUUAGUGGCCGGCACGAACUGGACACAGACAGUGAAGGGAGAUAUUUUAUUGAUCGGGAUGGAACGUACUUCAAAGAAAUCCUGAAUUAUCUUCGAGAUAGUACACAGCUACCAUCUGCUGAAAGAGCUCUCGAGGUAAGCGAUGGCCAAAUUAUCCUUUGAUAGUUUUCAUUUAAAUGACCAGAUAAAUAAAACGCAAAGACACGUUGGGUAUCUAAUAUGUUAGAAUAGUUCCUCACAUGGCACGAAGACAAAAAAACACAAAUUAAAAGACUUGCUGUAGAGGAAAUGUGUACACCUUCAACAUCCAAAAAAAUUGACCUUAUUCAUAUUUGAAGAAGACUAGCGGUGUAGCAGUCGAAACGUCGCGCUCAAUAAACGAUUGAUUACCCUCCCCCUCCCCUAGAUGGUAACAGAUAAUUGGACUGCCGAAAAAUAUGGAGUGUUUCAUUAGAACUUGGCAAAAGGUUGUAGCAGAAAGGAGUUCCUGACUUCUAUCCUGCGCAGUAUGGCGCUUAGUCAUUCAAAGGGUUCUUAAAGUCAUUUCUUCAUUUCUGAUGCAAUUGUCUUCAAAGGUUUACAAAGAAGCACAAUUCUACCAAAUAGAGGGCUUGAUUGACACUCUAGAACGUUUCUCAAACGUCUUUGCGCACAAAUUGGAAGAGGCAAGGAAAUAUAAGCUGGGAAGUGAUUUUGAAAAGUGGCAACAACAGAUUAUCACUUGCGCACAAAACAAGAGUCUUCAAAAUCUGACGUCCACAAGCAAAGUGAGCCUGCUGUCGCAAGAGGAUCAUAAAAAGAUUAUGGAAUGCGGAGACUGUGUUGGUCCGCAUGCGCACAACCUGAUCGUUUGCAAACCCGCUAAACGGGGAUCAGUGCAAAUUCACGACACGUUUGAAAAUGUGCAACGUCGCGUGAAAGAAACGGAGCCUGUGGUUUGUCCUUUAAAAGAUGCUGAGAUGAAAGCUUUUGUGGAUAUGACCCUGGCUGAUUUGAUAAGCAAGGGAUACGCUGUCAGCCUUCGUGAAAUAACCAUUCAGUGUAAGAACACCAAGGUGUAUUAUGGGAUAGGUAAGGAAGAGUGUCAGUUGAACAUCACGGAGCACGUGAUCGAGUUUGAAUGGUGUACGCGCUAG